AUGACUCUCAGCGCAACGUUGGUCAAGCACAACGACAACAUGCAUGUCGAGAUCGAGCCCGCCGCCGAUGCUAGGUCUUUCACGCCUACACAACCCACAGCACUGCUGGUUUUGCCCAUCAUGUGCGAUUUCACCAAAAAUUACUACAUUUACACGUCGUGUAUCGACCCUGGAGCGCAUUUCUUCAGGACUUCUACCGAUGGUAGCCACAAGCGAUCAUGUGUCAAAGGACCUCAUGAGCGCUAUAUCGUGGUUCCCGGCGCCUGCCCCCUCUGCGGUGGUUAA